UUCGAGAAUGGACUAAAAACUUUAGUUACAACUCUGUUACAGUUAAACAUGAACGGUUAUACUUUAGUUUUACCUGACAUGAUUGGAGGUAAUGGAUAUAAUGGAAUGACACCUGAUGCUGAACUCUUGGUUCGUUGGUCUCAAGCGAAUGUCUUCAUGCCUGCCAUGCAAUUUAGUUUUCUUCCUUGGGAAAUUCCAAGUGAUAAGUUUGAUACAGAGAAGCUGAUUAAAAAAACUAUCGAUUUACAUAGUGAAUAUAGUGGAGAAAUAUUAAAGGCUAUGAAUGAGUCGAUUGUGAAUGGUACUCCAGUUAAUGCUCCCAUUUGGUGGAUCGAUCCUUUGGAUAAGGAUGCACUGAAAGUUAGCGAUGAAUACCUUUUAGGUGAAAGUAUAUUGGUUGCACCAGUUAUGGAUCAAGGGGCAGUUUCCAGAGAUAUUUAUUUACCUGUUGGGUCUUGGAAGGAUGGAAACACUGGAGAUAUUUUCAUUGGACCAAUCAAUAUAGAAAAUUAUAGUGCGCCUAUUGAUAUCUUACCAUACUUUAUAAAACAAUAAUUAAAAUAUACAUAACACAUAUAUUUCAGUAUGUAACACAAAUUAAAAUAUAUAAAAUAAAAUGGUUUCUAUUAAAUA